AUGUCAGCCAACAAAGGCUCCGCCUACGGCGAGGGGCGCGCCUCCGACACCUCCUUCCGCAAGGACUGGGACCUCGACGAGUACGCCGCCAAAGCCAAGGUGAAGGAGGACGCCGAGAAGGAGGAGCGCAAGGCCCGCUGGGAGGCCAAGCAGGAGGGCAAGAAGUACUACAAGCCACUGACCGGCGACGAGACGUACACCUCGGCCCGGAACCGCCACACCGACUUCACCUCCCAGGUCGGCAAGACAUCGCUCGUAGCUGGCGGCGCCGGCGUCGGCAAGAGGGGCAAGGGCGCCGGCUUCUACUGCGACGCCUGCGACUUGACCUUCAAGGACAACGUGCAGUGGGUCGAGCACAUCAACUCCAAGCAGCACUUGGCUGCCAUCGGCCAGACCGACCAGGUCAAGAAGGCGAGUGCCCAGGAGGUCCACGACCGCAUCGAGAGGCUGUGGAACUUGAAGCAGGAGCAGAAGCUGGCAGCCACCACGAGUCUGCAUGACCGCCUAGCCAUACAAGCCGUCGAAGAUGAGAAGGAAAGGGAGGAGAAGAGGCUGAAGCGACAAGAAGCCGCAGACAAGCGAAGGCGCGAGCUGGAGGCCGCCAAGGAGGUCAAGCGGGAGUAUGGUGAGGAUGUCAGAGUCGAGGGCGAGCACGACGAGGACGACAUGAUGGCAAUGAUGGGGUUCUCAGGCGGUUUCGGCUCAUCCAAGAAGUGA